CAGUGGUGCAAUAUCUAACUUAGACAAGUCGAGUGUGAUGUGGAAACUUGAAACGUGCCCUGCUCAUACACUGGGAAUGAACCCUUCACUGAGCUCCCUCCUCUCCUCUCCAUUACUACUACAGCUGGUGGCUCCACAUGCGCGGCGCUGCUCCGUAGCCUUCACUGAGCACACCGGCUCCAGCCUGCAGGUAUGUCGGCCGGUGGCUCUGACGGGAAGGCGGCUGGGCCAGCAGAUCCCGCUGCAGAGGAGGAAGCUCUGAGUCAAGCCGGAUCCUCGCUGGCAGCUGUCGAGCUGCCAAGGAAACGAAAGGGAGAUGCGGAGGACAGGUCAGACCCCCACGUACGGCAGAGCCUUGACUUCCCAAUGGAUGAUGAUCUCAGCAGAUCUGAAGGAGAGGAUACUCAAAUCAAAAUUAAAUGCUUCAGGGAGCCUCACAGCCAGAUUGAGAAGCGGCGGAGGGAUAAAAUGAACAACCUCAUCGACGAGCUUUCUACCAUGAUCCCCGCCUGUCAGCCCAUGGCGCGGAAACAUGACAAACUCACUGUGCUGCGAAAGGCGGUGCAACACCUGAAAGCCCUCAAAGCUGGGACGAGCAGCGCCUUUACAGACACCACCUGCAAGCCUUCCAUCCUGCCUCACGAUUACCUCAGGCACCUUCUGCUCAGUGCUGCAGAUGGUUUCCUAUUAGUUGUUAGUUGUGACCGGGCGAAAAUCCUGUUCAUCUCCGAGUCUGUGUCCAAGAUCCUCAACUUUAAACGGUUGGAGCUGACUGGGCAGAGCCUGUUUGAUUUCAUCCACCACAAAGACAUCAGUAAGGUGAAGGAGCAGCUGGCGUCAUCAGAGCCCUACCCUCGCCAACGCCUCAUCGAUGCUGCCACCGGGGUUCAGCUCCAGGCAGAUACUCCGGCCAGACCGUCCAAUCUGACCAGCGGAGCCCGGAGGUCCUUCUUCUGCCGGAUGAAGUACAGCCGGGUGGUGGGGAAGCACGAGGACAAACAUUUGCUGCCGAGUACUUCCAAAAAGAAAGACACUAGCAGAUACUGCACCCUCCACUGUACCGGAUACAUGCGCAGUUGGCCAAGCAGCCAGCAGGACUCGGAGGAAGACGCCGACAAGGAAACGUCGAACCUGACCUGCCUGGUGACCGUGUGCCGCCUCCUCUCCCACUCGUCCCAUCAGCCCCCCAAAGACGUCAAGGUCAAGCCCGCCGAGUUCAUCACCCGCUGUGCCAUCGACGGCAAGUUCACCUUCGUAGACCAACGAGCGACUACCGUCAUCGGUUAUUUGCCGCAGGAAGUUCUCGGCACCUCGUGUUACGAGUACUUCCACCAGGACGACCUGCAGCACCUGGCAGAGAAACAUAGGCAAGCACUUCGAAGCAAAGGGAAGAUCGAGACGCCGUGCUACAAGUUCAAAACAAAAUACGGCCCCUACGUUUAUCUCCAAAGUCAGUGGUUUAGUUUCACGAACCCAUGGACCAAAGAAGUUGAGUUUAUCGUGUCUUCAAACAGGGUCGUCUCGGGGCCUAAUCACACGAAAGAAAAAGAAGCAGCCAGCUCAAAAGCACUUCAAGAGGACACAAAACAAUUACCCAUAAUUCCUGGCCUUGCCAGCAGUGUGGGGACGAUGAUAUACGCAGGCAGUAUAGGGACCCAGAUUGCAAAUGAACUCGUCGACACUUACAGGGUGAACUCUUCUCCAUCAAGCGGAGCUUCCAGUCCGUUUGGAGUGGCCCAGGAGAAAUGUCCACUGGUUUCUCCUCAAACCAACAGGAGUGUGUCCAGCAGAGACGAGGCAGCAGGCAGUUCAUCAGUGUCCCACUCCGACUCGGGGACAGGAGCCGGCGCUAGCAGUGGAACUUCUGAAAGUACAGGUGAGCCGUCCCAGCUGGACUUGGACAACAUGGUGGUGCCGGGCCUGAGCAGCUUCAGCAGCGAUGAGGCAGCCAUGGCGGUCAUUAUGAGUUUGCUGGAGACGGAUGUAAACAUGGGUCAAUCGGGGGACUUCGAGGACUUACACUGGCCUUUCUAGAAGGGGCACAGACUCCCCGCUCCCUUUUUAAACGCUCUUGUACCGCUUGCAGAGAAAUGGGACUUUCAGUCGCUCAUCUCAUGACCGACUGAUCUGGCCUUGCACAAUUGAACCCACUGAACAUGUACCAAAGGUUGCAAACAUGUCGCACUUAAGAAAGCCUAACAGACACUCGACAAGGUAAUAGGAAUUAUUACGACUGUGAUUAUCCUGUUGGUCCCCCCUGGCUUUAAGAGAAGUUUGGUUUGUGUCCCUAAAGUCUGCGGUGAUUCAGUGUCUUCCUCAGAGACGCUUAAACGCAGACUCUCUACACUAGGACGGUUUAUCCUCUGCCUGCUCCCAACAAGUGAGCGAGGUCUGGAGGCGAAUCAGACUCCUGCCACGUGCAGCGCUGCUAGUGAAACUCCUCAAACCUUUGACAUCUGCGAAACCUUUGGUACCCAGUGAUGACUUACAUGUUUCUCACAACAUGGUCUGAUUGUUCCAUGUUUUUUUUUUUACGCUGUUUUUUAAUGAUCCCCUACAGAAAUAUUUAAGUUAUAAGUGAAAAUGCUCUGCAGAGUAAUGUUUGUCUGAUAUUGUCUAAAUAAAGUACAGAGGAAUGUUUAGGAAAGAACCCCUUUCCUUACAUGAUUGGGAAUCGAAGACUAUUUGAUUAUGCAACCGUGGAAAUGUAUCUGCCCCACAACCCCGACCACUACAUGUCCAGUUACAGCCCGUUUGAAAGAUUCUGUAUUUUAUAUUCAAAAAUGAUUCAAAAGUCAUGUCUGUCAUUCAAAAGAUUCAAAAGUCAUACACCCGCCAAGUGUUUAAUGAUCCUGUAAGAUUUAUUUUAAAGGAAACAUGUUUCAUGUUUCGUCCUACUUUAGGGCUGCUUCUAAAAAGAUCAAUACUUGAAUAAUAACUCCUGUUUACAGUUUUGGUCCCAGUUAGCACUGAAACUUUCUACCAACUUUCCACCAAACCUAGCACAAAUACCAACAAAUCUAUGUCCAUGAAAGAAGCUUAAAGGGAUAGCGGUGUGCUGAAGUAGUGCGAAAAACAGUUUUUCAGUAUGCGUUUACGGCAAAAGCGCCGUAAAUAAGCUCAGCCGUCAUCAUGUCUUUGUAAGUUCAUAUUGAAUUUACAUCAGUGUGAGCUCCACAUAAAGACACAGUCAGACAUGCACAAACACACUGUGCUGUGCCUGCCCAUUGCUCAGCUGAUUCUGUCUCGUCCCUGUAACGCAUGUGUUACUACGCCCCUGUAAGUUACAGAGGGGGGAUCGCUUCAUCCCCCCAUUAUUCCCAUUGUGACAUUUAGAUUAAAAGUGAAACGUAACAGGGAGGUACGCAUUGCGACUUGAAACAGCAGUGUGAACAGGGCUAGCAGGUUGCUAGUGGAAAAGGAAAGCGCUGUGAUUUCCUUUUAAAGGUAGCGUACAUUUACCCCAAAGUUGUUUUCAGCUUGGAUUUUCUUCAAACUUUUUGGAAAUUACAUGGAGCAAACAUAUGCUACAAUACAUAGCCUAGCUUCCUCGCCUGCACUCAGGCUGUUUUCUCCAUGUGAGCCAAGGUGACCAACAUCUCCGGUGGGCUAAUUGACUUACUAUUGACAAUCACCUCAUUUCAAAAAUAAACCAACUAUCCCUUUAAAAUAAACAUCACGUGCAAACAUCUCAAAUCUUAGCAAAUGUAUUUGUGAAAUAUCUAGUCAAACAUAUCUCAUUACACUUAUCAUGAGCCACAUUCACCAGGCAGGUCCAGAUAAACAUCUUAUUUCAAGGUUAUAAAAAGCUAAGAACAAGGCCUGAUUUGCUUGCAAUAAGUAAAAAAUAUCUGCAAAUGGGGCCAGCAAAUUUGACUUUUUUAAGGAAGAAUGGGUGACUUUUUGAUUCAGUAGAUGUCACCCUUGAGCACCAGCAUUAAACCAAAACAAACUGCUCCGCCAUACUGAAGCCUCCGCUCUCCUCCAGCAACACACCUCCAACCUCUCUCCACUUGUGUUCACACAAAGGAGUUAUCAAUUAGAACGCACUAUAAUUAAGCAGCGGACUAAAUUGUCUUUUGCUCGAGCUGCAAUCACCUCUGACCUGCAUUGCUGUGUUAGCAUGCUAAUGUUAGCACACUUUGGUUAACUCGUAGCUUCAUAUUUCACAUACAUUUACACAGAAUGACCGAGAUCUAAAGACACUCACAUGACAUCCAAAUAAGCAGCGAGUAUGUUAUUCUUCUUUUCUCUAGUCCUUGACUAAAACACGAUGUAAACACGGCUCUGACAACUGUAUAGCCGGUGAGACUCACGCCUCCCACUCAUUGUAGUCAGACUCAGAAAGACAUGACACAGGAUAUACUUGUUUUCUGCUGUAUUUAUAGUGUAUGUAAUAUGUCUGCCUGAAGUGUGUUAGUACAUCUCAUUUCAAAGAAACCUAAGCAAAGCAUUGGCUGAUAUUUUUUAACUUAUCACAAGGAAUCACGCCAUUGUCUCUUUAUUUUAACACUUUGAAGUGCGAUGUUUAUCUGGACUUGUAAAGUGAACAUAUAACAGAUAUUAGACAAAUGCACUUCUAAGAUUGGAGCUUUGCAGUGUAGCUUCAGUUUCAAAAGUGUAACUACUCAUUGCAACCUUUACAAAAGAAGUAGAAAAACGGAAAAUGGAGAAAAAACAAAUUUUCAGUGAUGGUGGUCUUUACAAGGAGUAUCUCUCUAAGUUUCUGUUUCAGUUUCCAGUGUGCACUAAAUGACUGAGCCCUCUUAUGCCUAUACUGCGUGAUCACAUAUCAUAUUGUUCUCCAGAGAGCUCUGUGAAGGUCCAGGUCAUGGAGAAAUAAGGAAGGUUUACGACUGCUGGGAGAAUGUGUUCCAGUGUUGACAAGGGACAAGCCAACAUGUUUGUUUUGGGAGGAUUGGUUUUAAUACUCUUGUGUCUUUUAUACCUCCACACUUCACCCAUUGUGUAGCCCCUAAAUUGUAUUGAAACAGCCUAUCACUACGCAGAAGUUAGCCAUAGUAUUUGUAUUACUAGGGAGGCAGUAAUGUUGCAGUUGAUCUAUUUCUGAAUGUCCGAUUACAUCAACUGUGUCUUUAAAAGAAACUCCACCUUAAAGCAUGUCUUUUGUGUCUAAACAGCCAUCAGUGGAGUUGAUUUGUAUCUUUUUCCCCCCUUUACAGAUAAAGAUACUGGUAUAUUCUUAAAGUCUUGACAAAACAACAGAGUUUAAUAGCAAAACAAGUUUGACCUUGAAGAAAACGUACAGUUCUAGACGCUUUGAGAACAAUUUUAACGUCCUUAUUACCUUAAAAAAGCCCAUAAUGCAUUGCAACUACAGGUUGAGGUAGCAGCAAAAGGUUGUGAUCACGAUCAUCUUGAAACACAUUAUCAAAACAUUUUUCUUUAUGACUUAACUUGAAAAACCAGUCGGUCAAAGCCAGUCCCUUGUGGUUACCAUAGGGAAAGUGAGCCCCUGUAAAUUAUUUUAUCAAAGAUAAACUCUUGAAAUGUACGCAGUAUGUGAGGGUGGAUUUUUUUCCUUUUUAAGCUCGGUGACUGGCCUUCAUACAGCACAUGUAAACUCUGGUUAUAUCACUGGUUCCUCUAAUCUUGAAAGCAUAAUGUGAUUGUGUUGCCUUGAACUUGUUUCGGAAAAGGUGUAAUUAUAAGUCAGCCAUUAUGCACUGUCCUUGGCUUUAAAAGCGGAACUGUUGGUACUGGACGCUAUUUGCUGUUGCCAUCAGUGCCAUUUUAAAUGGGCACACUUAAAGCAUAUUGAGCAUGCCCUGCUAUCAAAAGAGGAAAUGUCUGCUAUUUGUAUGUACAAAUUGUCAUUAAUGUAUCUGCUGUAAUGAGGAAUGGAGGUUGAAGUAUUUGAAAGUAAAGCAUUUUUACAUAAAAGGUCUGAA